AGAUGGCGGUGCAGGUGGUGCAGGCGGUGCAAGCAGUUCAUCUGGAGUCGGAUGCUUUCCUCGUCUGUCUCAACCACGCUCUGAGCACCGAGAAGGAGGAGGUGAUGGGCCUGUGCAUAGGGGAGAAAUCAUUUGGAAGGUACCAGAUAACCCAAGACUUCAGAAUUUCCGCUGCGUUCAGUAUUGCAGAGGGGCGAAAUAGCAUGACGAACUAGAGCUUACUUGUGGACAAUCCCAAUUGAAUGAUGACCCAAGGAGUGACCCCAAAUUUACAUAUACUGGAACUGAAAUGCGCACAGUUGCUGAAAAGGUCGACGCCGUGCGAAUUGUUCACAUUCAUUCUGUCAUCAUCUUGCGACGUUCCGAUAAGAGGAAGGAUCGAGUGGAGAUUUCUCCCGAGCAGCUGUCUGCGGCCUCCACAGAGGCAGAGAGAUUGGCUGAACUCACAGGUCGCCCGAUGAGAGUUGUGGGCUGGUAUCACUCCCACCCCCACAUAACUGUUUGGCCUUCACACGUUGAUGUUCGCACACAAGCCAUGUACCAGAUGAUGGAUCAAGGCUUUGUAGGACUUAUAUUUUCCUGUUUCAUAGAAGAUAAAAACACAAAGACUGGCCGGGUACUCUACACUUGCUUUCAAUCCAUACAGGCCCAAAAGAGCUCAGAGUAUGAGAGAAUUGAAAUCCCGAUCCAUGUUGUGCCUCACGUAGCCGUUGGGAAGGUGUGCCUUGAGUCAGCGGUUGAGCUGCCCAAGAUCCUGUGCCAGGAGGAGCAGGACGCCUAUAGGAGGAUCCACAGCCUUACACAUCUGGACUCAGUGACCAAGAUCCAUAAUGGCUCAGUGUUUACCAAGAAUCUGUGCAGUCAGAUGUCCGCGGUGAGCGGGCCUCUGCUUCAGUGGCUGGAGGACAGACUGGAGCAGAACCAGCAGCAUCUGCAGGAGCUGCAACAAGAAAAGGAAGAGCUGAUGCAGGAACUUUCUUCUCUGGAAUAAAGCGGGAGCCAAAAUGAGGGAGGAUGGAAACAUCGGGUGUCAAAUUCAGCAAGAAGAACAAUUUGGAGAUUCCCUCUGAUGCCGCAGUCGUCCGCACGGUCCCGUGGACGCCCAACUGAUUUCGGCACAAAAGCCGCUCAGCGCAGGAAGGACGGUCUUUCCACGGACGAUGCUGGAGCAAUUGGCGAAACUCAAAAAACCCACUUUGACAAAACUGCAUACCUUACACAAAAUUCACUUCAAAAUGUGUCAUGAACUUGGAUGUAAGAUAUUAAACUCUAAAACUUUUCGAAAAAAACCAUAGAAAAAUCUUUAGAAUCUCGGGCUAGGCAACAGGUUCUUGGCCUUCACUCUGAAAGCAUAAUCCUCAAAGGAAAAAGUGGAUAGAUUGGACUUAAGGUGAAAAACUCUGCAAAAAAAUUUAAGAGGAGGAAAUUACUGAGAGAAAUUGUUUGCAAACCGUUUAUUUAAAUCAAUUUAGACUAUAUAAAGUGAAGAGUAAACAACAAUUAGAAAAUGAGCAGAAGACAUGAAUAGACAUCACUAAAGAGGGUACAUGGCUGGCAAGCCAGCACUUCCUUAGCCAUCGAGGCAUGGGAUUAAAACUAUAAUGAAUUAUGUCUACCUUCUUCACCAAUUAAAACUACAAUGGAUUAUGACUACACACUUAAUAGUGAAAAUACCAGUUGCUGUUGAGCAUGCAAACUGGAUCUCUCAUACACUGCGGACAGGGUGUAAAGUGUAAGCCACUCUGGACAAAAGAGUUUGGAAAUUUCUAAUAAAGUUAAACACACACAUACUUUAUUAGCCGGCAACUGUUUUCCUGGACACUUUUCCCAAAGAAAUGAAAACCUAUUUUGGCACAAGUCCUUAUACAGAAACAUUCUUAGCAGCUUCGCUUGUCAUAGCCCGAGACUGGAAACAGCCUCCAUGUCCUGCCGUUGAGUGGGUGGGUACAGCGUCCAUCCACAUCAUGGAAUACUAGUGUGCCAGGAAAAGGAACCGAGCAGUCAUACGACUCGGAUGGACCUCAAGGGUGUUAUGAUGACUGAAGAAAGCCGGUCUCCAAAGGUCACAUGGUGUAUAAUUGCAUUCGUACAGCAUUCUUAAAACGGGAAUCUCUAUCUGGGCUAAAAUUACAGGCCCCCCCCCACCCCAAAUGAAUGCAUGGAAAAUCUGGUGAACGCGAAUAAGGUGUGUAGUCUAAUUAGCCACUGUCACCAUGUUGGGGAAACUGCGUGAAGGGUACAUGGGACUCACUGUACUAUUUUUGCAACUUCCUGUUAAUCUAUAAUUAUUGCAAAAUAAAAAGUUGUAAGUAUUAAAUAGGAACUA